AUGGGCAUGUUGCCGCCCGACGAGGACCGGGGCCCGCAUCUGGUCGCCAUGUUCUGGACAUACACGUCAAUCGCCGCGGCCAUGACCGGCCUGCGCUUCUAUGCCCGCCUGCAGAUCCGCGCCGUCGGCUUAGACGACUGGAUGAUGCUGGCCACUGUGAUCCUGUUUGCCAUCGCCACGUCCUUCGUCACGUACAUGGCCAGCAUCGGCGGCUCGCGCCAUGUCUACUACCUCACCAUGGAGCAGACGCUCAGGGCGGUCAAGUUCAGCUGGAUAUCGCAGCCAUGGGCCAUCUUCUGCUUCGCCACCGGCAAGGCCUCGGUCGCCUUCCUGACCCUCCGCUUCAUCGGCCGCAACACCUUCUGGCGCAAAUGGAUUCUGUACUACAUCAUCGUCACCAUUUUUAUCGCCAAUGGCCUCGGCUGCAUCAUCACCUUUGUGCAGUGCGACCCCCCUCGCGCCCUCUGGACGCCAGACAUUCCGGCAAAGUGCUGGGAUCCCAGCGUCCAGCUGCACUACAACUACUUCCUCUCGGCCUACAAUAUCGCCGCCGACAUUGUCCUUGCCAUCUUGCCAGCGACCUUCAUCAGCGGCCUGAACCUGCGCCGCGAGAAGAAGAUUGCCCUCUGCGUGCUUCUCAGCCUCGGUUUUGUCGCCGCCAUCUUCAGUGGACUCAAGGUCCGCUACCUCGACAAGCUAGGGGCGCGCACCGACUUCACAUGGAAUGCCUACGACAUCCAAGUGUGGACGGGCGCCGAGGCGUUCGUCAUGAUGGUGUGCGGCAACGUGCCGCCGCUGCAGGUGCUGUGGGACCGCUACGUCACCCACAAGCUCGACUCGUCGUGGAGCCGCACGCCGCUCAAGUACCACAGCAACGGCAGCAACGGCAACUAUUCCGGGUCCGAAAAGUCGGGCCCCAGCCGCCACCUCAACUCGUCCAACAGCAGCCAAAAGGGCCCGUCGCACACCCAGGUCGUCGCCGCCAGCUACGACGCCGCUCUCCCGCGCUACCCCGGCCAGAUCUACGCCACCACCAACGUCGAGGUCCACGGCCACGCCGUCAAUCGCGACUUUGUAUGA